AUGAACAAAACUCCAGCACGGCUUAUGUCUUUGAUACCAUCUGUCACUCCAAAACUAAUUCGUCAUGGAUCAACUUCACUACAAUCAAAUAAAGUUAAAAAAGUUGCUGUCUUAGGUGCUAGUGGAGGUAUCGGACAACCACUUUCUUUAUUACUUAAACUUAGUCCCAUGAUUAGUAAUUUAUCUCUUUAUGAUAUUCAACAUGCAAAAGGUGUUGGAGCUGAUGUUAGUCAUAUUGAAACACGAGUUAAAGUUAAAGCAUAUGUUGGCAACGAUGAACUAGCUGAUGCAUUAAAAGGUAUGGAUCUUGUUCUUAUUCCAGCUGGCGUACCAAGAAAAUCUGGUAUGACACGAGAUGAUUUAUUUAUUACAAAUGCAACAAUUGUUGCUGAUCUUGUUUCGGCAUGUGCCAAAAAUUGUCCACGAGCUAUUAUUGCCAUUAUUGCUAAUCCAGUUAAUUCAACAGUGCCUAUUGCUAGUGAAAUUAUGAAAGCGUAUAAUGUCUAUGAUGAAAAGAAAAUUAUUGGUGUUACAACAUUAGAUGUACUUCGAGCAGCAACAUUUGUUGCUGAGGCAAAGGGUUUAGAUUCAACACGAGUUUUUGUUCCUGUUAUUUGUGGCCAUUCAGGGAAUACAAUCAUUCCAUUAUUAUCUCAAAUAUCGCCACCAGUUCCGUUUUCGCAACCAGAAUUAGAUAGUUUAACUUAUCGUAUUCGAAAUGCUGGAACAGAAGUUGUCGAAGCUAAAGCUGGUGCUGGUUGCGCAACAUUAUCCAUGGCACAUGCUGCUGCAAGAUUUUCAUUUUCAAUUCUUGAUGCAUUGAAUGGUAAAGCAGGUACUAUUGAAUGUGGUUAUAUUGCAUCGCCGGAAACAGAAUUUAAAUAUUUCGCAACACCACUUCUCCUUGGCCGUAAUGGAGUGGAAAAAAGUAUUGGUCUAGGAAACUUAUCUGAGUAUGAAACGAAAUUGAUCGAGCAAGCUAAACACGAACUGAAUGCAAAUAUCGAAAAAGGAAUAGAUUUUGCUAAGCAAUAUUUAUCAAAAUCAAGAUAG